AUGGGAAGUCAGCCCAGCAGGGGGAAAGCCCUUCCAAGUCCAAGCUUCAGCCCGUGUGUGCAAGGCCAGGAUCCUGAGCCCAUGCAAGCAGAGAGGAGCCGGGCCAAGGCCGUGGCCCUGGGCAGUUUCCCAGUGGGCGAGCAGGCAGAGCUGUCGCUGAGACUGGGCGAGCCGUUGACCAUCGUCUCAGAGGAUGGAGACUGGUGGACGGUGCUGUCGGACGUCUCGGGCAGAGAGUACAGCAUACCCAGCGUCCACGUGGCCAGAAUCUCCCAUGGGUGGCUGUAUGAGGGCCUGAGCCGGGAGAAAGCUGAGGAACUGCUGCUGCUGCCUGGGAACCACGGAGGGGCCUUCCUCAUCCGGGAGAGCCAGACCAGGAGAGGCUGUUACUCCCUGUCGGUCCGCCUCAGCCGCCCUGCCUCCUGGGACCGGAUCAGACACUACAGGAUCCAGCGCCUCGACAAUGGUUGGCUGUACAUCUCACCACGCCUCACCUUCCCCUCGCUCCUGGCCCUGGUGGACCAUUACUCCGAGCUGGCGGAUGACAUCUGCUGCCUCCUCAAGGAGCCCUGUGCCCUGCGGAGGGCUGGCCCACUCCCUGGCAAGGCCAUACCCCCACCUGUGACUGUGCAGGCGACACCACUCAACUGGAAAGAGCUGGACAGCUCCCUCCUGUUCUCUGAAGCAUCUGCCACAGGGGAGGCAUCCCUCCUCAGUGAGGGGCUCCGGGAGGCCCUGAACUCCUACAUCAGCCUGACUGAGGACACCUCCUUGGAUGAGGCCAAGGCCGAAAGCAGACGGCAAAAGGGGAACCAAGGCUGCAGCACCUAG